CAGACCAUGGCUAUCAUCAAGCCUGAUGGUAUGGCUCAUCAAGACCACAUUAUUGCUAUUUUAAGGCAUCAUGGCUUUGAAAUAAAGCAUGACAAAAUUGUUCAGUUAUCAAGAGACCAUAUUGAUCAGUGGUAUUUUGAUAAACAUGAUGCUUCUUAUUAUCCCUCAUUGGUGAGUUACUUGACAGAACGAGGACCUGUUCGUGUGAUGCAAUUGACAAGAAUAGAAGCCAUUCCUUACCUGAGACAACUGAUUGGUCCUACAAAUCCAGAGAUAGCACGCGAAUUGUUUCCUAAAUCCAUUCGAGCUCUUUAUGGAACAAAUGUACAAGAAAAUGCUAUUCAUGCAAGUGAUUCUAUUGAAGCAGUACAAAGAGAGUUCAAUAUAUUU